CCUGAUGUUACUUUUUUUGUGGUGUUUUGGCCUUUUUAUGUCACGUGUAGGUAUUUCCUCAAAUGUCUUGUGGUCUUUGUCUCUCUUCUUAUAUUUAAGAAUGAGGAGAUAUCAUAGCGCUGACAGUCAGCUCUUGUGAAUAGGUGAGCCUGUUGAUGGCAGGGCUUCGCUCUAAUGUAACUAUGUAGGAUAGAGCUACUCCCUUGGGAGGUCCUCAAAUAUCAGUAUGUUUAAGUUUUUAUCUGUGUCUUUCAUAUCCUCCAGGUUAAAAUUCUGUAAUAUCUUCUGUGAGACAGAGAGUUAGGGAGGGGAUCGGGCAUAUGCCUUGUGUCCUACAAUUGGUGAGUAUUGUUUGUAUCACCUUGCAGGAUAUGUUUUUGCUUAAUGUUUCUAUUUUUACUUUCACACCUCAUACUUGCACUCAGCUCUGCCUAAGGUCUCUAAAACUAGACAUAGUCCCAUUUAAUUUCUCAAUUGAAUAAAUUUUCCAUUUUCUGGCCCCAAGUUUUUUUUUUCCUAUGUAGGAUAAUAGAAUCUGAGAAUUCAACUUUCCUAUAUAUGUACAGUCAACUCACAACUUACGUUUAGUUCUCAACUGACUUCAGUCAUCUUAUACACUUGAUUCCUAAAAAUCUUGUAUCUAAAUGGGGUAAUGUGGGACAAAUUCACUACUUUAUUGUGAAUAUCUCCAAUGCAAGAACUUUACUUUAGACAUUUCUUAGAACUUCUAAGUCGGCUGCCCUUCCAUCUGCUUAUUGUUAUCAAAUAUAUGUGUUCACUUGCACAUUCUUAGUCUUUGUGAAUUUAUGCCAUUUUUAUUUUUAUCAUUGUAGAGGGUAUUUUAAAAGAAUGGAGAAUAGCUGCGUGUAGUCAAUCCACUUAUUUUUAAAUUUCUACCCUUUUGUAGUGAUUCAUUUUCAACCAUGUAGCUAACUUACAUUUUUUAAGAAUGUAAUUUGUACUUAAUAUGUUCAAAAUGCAAACUUGUUAAAUCUCUCUUCCAUCCAUUCUUGAGAGCACUUUUGAGACCUUCUAUGGUGCACAUUAUUGCUGAGCUCCUAGCAUCUAUUCCAAAGAAUCUCUCUCAUUAUGUAGCAACCAUGCCUUUUAGCUAGUAGGAGGCCGUCAGAGACAGAAUUAAAUCAAAGGAAAGGCCAAAGAUGGGUCUUCAGAUUCUGAGACUAAAAUCUCCACCUAUAAUUCUAUACCUCUUGAAACAAGAUUGCUUCAGUAGCAGGUAUAUGAUCUUAGUUGGUCUAAUCAGAGUAAAACUAAGUAUUUGUUCUAUGAUUUGUAAAGAAAAUCUCACUCUGGGCUGAAAGAAAAAGCAGAGCAUCAUAGUUGUAGCCAGAAUAAAUCUUGGGAACUUAAAGGAAACCAAUUUUAGGAAUAAUCCUGCUUCAAAUAAAACUAACAUGUCUGUGUUUGUGUACUUAUUAUUUUUUUGUAAAUUAUGAGGAACUAGAACUAAAUUAUAGAUUUACAUAAUGUGUUCCACUCCAAUGGCUUUUAUUUAAUUUCUUCCAGUUCACAAGUCAUUGAUAUCAAAGAAAUCUAAUGAAAUGUCUUCUUGUGCUACAACUAUCUAUAUAUGUCCCAUCUCAUGAUUAAGCCAGUUUCAUAUCUUCUGAGGGGACUUCUGAAAUGACUCAUGUACACUUUCCCUUUCCCUUACCACCUAAAGAAAGCCAGGUAGUGAUGGGCUUUUGCUCAGUUUAACAGUCAUUUAUACUCUCCUUAUUUCAGGCUUUCAAUCCUCUCAGAAAGAUUACAAGCUCUUGGAGGCCAGGAAUUUAUUUUAUCUUGUAUUUCUGUAUUCAUCACAAACUGAGCACUUUUCAUGUUGGGAGAGUGGGGAGGGACACUUUAAUGCGUUAAAACAAAUACUAACAGCAUCAAAAACCACAAAGACUAUAAAUCAAUUCUUAUGGAAGAUAGAAUAUAUUUGCAAUCACGUAAACACGAUGAGUACAACAUUUGUUUCUAGGGGACCAAUCUGUGAAUGGUAUUUAGGUAGCUUUCAUCAAACUGAAAAUCUGUGGAGACGCAUGGUGGCGCUGCAGGAUAAUAUCGUGGGGAGAAAAACUACGCUGAUGACACUGUUACCCACUGCACACAGAGCACUGGGGAGAAAAAAAACAACAACAAGCCUUAAGGAGGCGAACUAGAAGCUAAUAAAAGAAGGUUAAAAUCCUUAGACCUUCCUAAGAUUCGGUGGACACAGCAGAGGCACAUUUCCCAGAACUGCGAAGUGGAGCUGAAGCGAUUCCGCAGGAAGCCUUGGGGAAAGGAGCUAUGGAGACCGGAGGAACCGGCGCCCUGCGGAUCAGGCAAGUCCUGCUGUUCUUUGUUUUUCUGGAAAUGUCUCGGGCGGACUCUGAGCCUGGGCGCUUUUCGGUGGAAGAGGAAAUGAAGAGCGGGAGCUUUGUAGGCAAUUUGGCAAAGGAUCUAGGACUGGAUGUGGGUGAGCUGUUCUCAAGGGGGGCUCGGGUGGUCUCUAAUGAUAACAAACACCAUUUGCAGCUGGACUUAAACACCGGGGAUUUCCUCUUAAGCGAAGCGCUGGACCGGGAGGAGCUCUGUGGCUCCAUCGAGCCCUGUGUUCUGCACUUCCAGGUAUUAAUGAAAAACCCUUUGCAGUUUUUACAGAUUGAGCUCCAGGUCAGGGAUAUAAAUGACCACUCCCCUGUCUUCUUAGAAAAAGAAAUGCUCCUAGAGAUCCCAGAGAAUAGUCCCGUGGGCGCUGUGUUCUUACUGGAAGGUGCAAAGGAUUUGGAUGUAGGAAUCAAUGCUCUAGACAGCUACACAAUAAGCGCCAACUCUCAUUUCCACGUUAAAAUGAGAGUCAAUCCAGACAAUAGGAAAUACCCAGAGUUGGUUCUGGACAAGGCGCUGGAUUAUGAAGAGCAGGCAGAGCUCAGCUUCAUCCUCACUGCUCUGGACGGUGGGUCUCCGCCCAGGUCUGGGACGGCCUUGGUUCGGGUGGUGGUCUUGGACGCUAAUGACAACUCCCCGGAGUUUGAGCAGCCCUUUUAUGAGGUGAAGAUUCCGGAAAAUAGCUUACUAGGCUCACUGGUUGUCACCGUCUCCGCUUGGGAUUUAGACUCUGGAAAAAAUGGGGAGAUAUCAUAUACUUUUUCCCAUGCCUCAGAAGAUGUUCACAAAACAUUUGAAAUUAAUCAAAAGUCUGGAGAAGUUAGUUUGAUGGCAUCGUUGGAUUUUGAAACAAUUGAAUCAUAUUCAAUAAUAAUACAAGCCACAGACGGGGGAGGGCUUUUUGGAAAAUCGACAGUCAGAAUUCAGGUGAUGGAUAUAAAUGACAAUGCCCCCGAAGUCACCGUGUCAUCAAUUACUAGCCCAAUUCCAGAAAACUCGUCUGAGACCGUGGUUCUGGUUUUUAGUAUCCUAGACAGAGAUUCUGGGGACAAUGGGAGGAUGCUCUGUUCUAUCCCAGAAGACCUUCCAUUCAUACUAAAAUCUUCAGUAAAGAAUUACUACACCUUGGAAACGGAGGGAGCACUGGACAGAGAAAGCAGGGCCCAGUACAACGUCACCAUCACCGUCACCGACAUGGGGACCCCCAGGCUGGAAACCCAGCACAACAUCACCCUGCUGGUCUCCGACGUCAAUGACAACGCCCCCGCCUUCACCCAAACCGCCUACACCCUGUUCCUCCGCGAGAACAACAGCCCCGCCCUGCACAUCGGCAGCGUCAGCGCCACAGACAGGGACGCGGGCGCCAACGCCCAGCUCACCUACUCGCUGCUGCCGCCCCACGACCCGCGGCUGCCCCUGGCCUCGCUCGUGUCCAUCAACGCGGACAACGGCCACCUGUUCGCCCUGAGGGCGCUGGACUUCGAGGCGCUGCAGGCGUUCGAGUUCCGCGUGGGCGCCACGGACCGCGGGUCGCCCGCGCUGAGCAGCCAGGCGCUGGUGCGCGUGCAGGUGCUGGACGCCAACGACAACGCGCCCUUCGUGCUGUACCCGCUGCAGAACGGCUCUGCGCCCUGCACCGAGCUGGUGCCCAGGGCGGCCGAGCCGGGCUACCUGGUGAGCAAGGUGGUGGCGGUGGACGCAGACUCGGGCCAGAACGCCUGGCUGUCGUUCCAGCUGCUCAAGGCCACGGAGCCCGGGCUGUUCGGCGUGUGGGCGCACAAUGGCGAGGUGCGCACGGCGCGGCUGCUGAGCGAGCGCGACGCGGCCAAGCACAGGCUGCUGGUGCUGGUCAAGGACAAUGGCGAGCCCGCGCUGUCGGCCAGCGUCACGCUGCACGUGCUGCUGGUGGAUGGCUUCUCGCAGCCCUACCUGCCGCUGCCCGAAGCGGCGGCCGACCAGGCGCAGGCCGACCCGCUGACCGUGUACCUGGUCAUCGCGCUGGCGUCGGUGUCGUCGCUGUUCCUGUUCUCGGUGCUGGCGUUCAUCGCGGUGCGGCUGUGCAGGCGCAGCAGGGCCGCCUGGGUGGGUGGCUGUUCGGUGCCUGAGGGCCCCUUUCCGGGCCACCUGGUGGACAUCAGCGGUACUGGGACCCUGUCCCAGAGCUACCAGUAUGAGGUGUGUCUGACUGGAGGUACUGGGACAGAUGAGUUUAAAUUUCUGAAGCCGAUUAUCCCUAACUUCCAGACCCAGGGCCCCGGGAAAGAAAUAGAGGAAAAUCCUACCUUCCACAAAAGCUUUGGGUUCAAUAUUAAGUGACCAUAAUUACCUUUUAUACCCCAUACGUAUUUUUAUUUUGUGCCACUUCCAUAUCAGUUUUCUUUCCCAAUACGUGGGUAUUUUCAAUAUGACUUAAAAUUGAUUUUAGAGAGAGAGGAAGGGAGAGUGAGAAAAACAUUGAUAGGCUGACUCUUGCACGGCCCCCUACUGAGAUUGAGCGGCCACUUGGAGAUGUGCCCACACUGGGAAUCUAGCAGGUGAUUGCUCAGUGCUUGGGAAGAUACUCAAUCUACUGAACCUCACCGCCCAGGAUUCAAUAUGUGGGUUUUUAAAAUUGCACUGAGGUUAGUUUUAUAUUUUUGCAUGUUCUACCCACCUUUACUUUUAAGUGAAUGUUUAUCAUUAUUUGGGGUUGUAAUAAGGUGGUGGUUUAUUCUCUGACCCAGGAGGUCUUCAUUUGUAAUUAAUUUGCCUCCUUAAAUAACAAUACCAGAUCACUGUUUGUCCCUGACCCUCUCUGCAAUUGAACUUUCACCCACAAUUAGGCUCACGGUAAAAUAAUGCAGACCACUUUCAAAGUAUCUUUUUUUAUUAAUUAAAUCUUUAUUGUUCAGAUGAUUACAUUUGUUCCUCUUUUUUCCCCGCAUAACUCCCCUUCACCCAGUUCCCACCCCACCCUCCUCCCUCACUCCCCACCCACUGUCCUCAUCCAUAGGUGCACGAUUUUUGUCCAGUCUCUUCCCCCAUCCCACCACACCCCUUUCCCCCCAAGAAUAGCCAGUCCAUUCUCUUUCUAUGCCCCUGAUUCUAUUAUAAUCACCAGUUCAUUCUGUUCAUCAGAUUAUUCACUUGAUUUUCAGAUUCACUUGUUGAUAGAUGUGUAUUUGUUGUUCAUAAUUUGUAUCUUUACCUUUUUCUUCUUCUUCCUCUUCUUAAAGGAUACCUUUCAGCAUUUCAUAUAAUACUGGUUUGGUGGUGAUGAACUCCUUUAGCUUUUUCUUAUCUGUGAAGCUCUUUAUCUGACCUUCAAUUCUGAAUGAUAGCUUUGCUGGAUAAAGUAAUCUUGGUUGUAGGUUCUUGGCAUUCAUCACUUUGAAUAUUUCUUGCCACUCCCUUCUGGCCUGCAAAGUUUCUGUUGAGAAAUCAGCUGACAGUCCUAUGGGUACUCCCUUGUAGGUAACUGAGUUUCUUUCUCUUGCUGCUUUUAAGAUUCUCUCUUUGUCUUUUGCUCUUGGCAUUUUAAUUAUGAUGUGUCUUGGUGUGGUCCUCUUUGGAUUCCUUUUGUUUGGGGUUCUCUGGGCUUCCUGGACUUGUAAGUCUAUUUCUUUCACCAGGUAGGGGAAGUUUUCUGUCAUUAUUUCUUCAAAUAGGUUUUCAAUAUCUUUCUCUCUUCUUCUGGCACCCCUAUAAUUCAGAUGUUGGUACGCUUGAAGCCGUCCCAGAGGCUCCUUACACUAUCUUCGUAUUUUUGGAUUCUUUUUUCAUUUUGCUUUUCUGGUUGGGUGUUUUUUGCUUCUUUGUAUUUUAAAUUGUUGACUUGAUUCUUGCAAUCCUCCGGUCUGCUGUUGGGAGUCUGUAUAAUAUUCUUUAUUUCAGUCAGUGUAUGCUUAAUUUCUAGUUGGUCCUUUAUCACAACCUCGAGUGUCUCAUUAGAUUUCUUGUAGAUCUCAUUAAGUUCAUCGGCAGUUUCUAGAAAAUUCUUGAAAAACCUU